CAUCCGAUCCUCCAGUCCCCGGGGGCAAAGUGUGGGAAGUACGAGUUUCCGCUGAGUUUUCUCGGCGACUUUCGGAGCUUGUCUUUCUCCGCGUCUCCCCAAACCCACCACCCACCCGCCAGCCCGCCUCUGUGCAGGGGGAGCGAGCCUACAGACCAGCAGCGCGGGCGGGAAGGAGCCCUCCAGCCCCGUUCAACAAGUAGCAAUGCCGGGCCGGGACCCUGCCCCGCAGCCCAGAGGAGGGGCCGAGUAGCGGGCGCCGGGCGGGGGGGGGGGAUGCAGGAGAGACACAAAGGCGGCGGGGGAAGGAGCCCGCAGCUUGUCCCGGCAUGGAGCCGCGGCGCGGGGCCUGCCUGAUGCUGCUGCAGCUCCUGCUGCUGCCCGCCGUCCGGCCGCUGUGCCCGGAGCCCUGUGACUGCCAGCAGCAGCGGCACGUCGUGUGCACCAACCGCGGGCUGCGGGCCGUGCCGCACCCGCCCGCCGCCGCGCAGGACGUGCUGACCUACAGCCUGGGCGGCAACUUCAUCGCCAACGUGUCGGCCGCCGACUUCCAGCGCCUGGUCGGGCUGCAGCGCCUGGACCUGCAGUACAACCGCAUCCGCUGGCUGCAGCCGGCGGCCUUCGAGCGCCUGGGCCGCCUGGAGGAGCUGUAUCUGGGCAACAACCUGCUGGCGGCGCUGCCCCCCGGCGCCCUGGGCGGCCUGGCGCGGCUGCGCAUUCUCUACGUGAACGCCAACCAGCUGCGCCGCCUCAGCGCCGCCGCCUUCACCGGCCUGGGCAGCCUGGUUAAGCUGCGCCUAGACGGCAACGCGCUGGGCGCGCUAGGCGAGGCGGGCUUCGCGGGGCUGCCCAACCUGCUCUACCUGCACCUGGAGUCCAACCGCAUCCGCUGGCUCGGCCGCGGCGCCUUCACCGGCCUGGCCAAGCUGCGCUUCCUCGACCUGUCGGGCAACCCGCAGCGCGCCCUGCGCCAACCUGCCGCCUUCGCCCCGCUGCGCUCGCUGCACACGCUGCUGCUGGGCAGCAACCGGCUGCAGCGCCUGGGCGGCGCGCCCUUCCGCCACCUGCCCGGCCUGGCCACGCUGUCGCUCAGCGGCAACCGCCUGGUGCACCUGGAGAAGGUGCUGGGGCGGCGGCGGCGCAAGGCGGCGCCCGUCCACGUGCGUCACGUCUACUCCACGCGCCGGCCGCUGCGCUCCACCGGCACCGGCGUCUCCGCUGACUUCUCCGGCUUCCAAGCGCCGCGCCCGGGCCGCGGGGCCGCCGCCGCCGCCUGCGCGCUCAGCGAGGCCGACCUCAUGGACUUCCCCUGCGAGCGCUUCCUCGACAGCGGCGGCGGCGUUGGCGCCCGCCACGGCGACGAGCACCUGCUGCAGCGCUUCGCCGACUGA